AGAAGAUUCAUUAUGUGGCUACUCUCAGCAUAUGUCUUCCUCUCUCUUUCUCAGCUCACUCUUUCCUUGUCAUCUGCACGGGCGUCUCUCUGCCAUGGAGAUGAGCGUCUUGCCUUGUUGCAAUUCAAGGAAAGCUUUAUCACUUAUAAGAAUGUUUCUGCUGAUCGAUGUGUUCUUCCCAAGGUUGAUCAAUGGGAAUUUCAAGGUGCUGAUUGCUGCUCUUGGGAAGGCAUCGAGUGUGAUCACAUCACCGGCCAUGUCAUCAGCCUUAACCUCAGUAAAAGCUGCCUUCAUGGCUCUAUCAAUUCCAGCAGUGGCCUGUUUCGUCUUGUUCAUCUUCAAAAGCUGAACCUGGCGUUCAAUAACUUUAGUUACUCCGAGAUACCAUCAGCAUUGGGCAAUCUUUCGAGGUUAACAUAUCUGAACCUUUCUUAUUCUUUAUUUUCUGGUCAGAUUCCAUUUGCAAUUUCAAAGCUUUCCAAGUUAUCUACUCUCGACCUGUCUCUUAAUUUUGCUGCGGGUAAUCCUUACGGAGGAUUGUUGGAACUUAAAAGGCCUGAUAUGAAGAGCUUAGUGCAGAAUUUAACCUGCUUGACAUACCUUGAUCUUUCUUUUGCCACAAUUGUAAAUUGUUUGGCAAAUCCCCAGCGGCUAUUUUCCAACUACCCAAUCUUGAGCUCCUUGAGGUGUCCAAAAAUACGGAUCUUGCUGGUUAUUUGCCAGAAUUUUACCUCAGCAGUCAGCUUAAGGUAUUGUCAAUUUGGAACACAAGUUUUUCUGGUGAAGUACCUGCCUCAAUUGCUAAUCUUCAUUCCUUGGAAUUCCUGGCACUUAGCCUUGCAGGUUUGUAGGAUCAGUGCCCCCUUCACUCAGUAAUCUCACAAAGCUCACUCAUUUAGGCCUUGAAAAUAAUUCUUUUACAGGUGAGAUAC